CACACGCCGCUACACAUCUCUAGGGCUUUGCGGCAUUGGGCAAAAAAUUUUGCAAAAAUCAGUAAGUUUACGGGAAAAGUACCCGGAUGGUUCAGUUUGGCAUGCUAUUACAGUAAUUGCUGCAGGCAGAGCCACGAGACAAGCGCGCAGUAUCCAGGACAACCCGGCUGGACGAAUUCGGCGAUCCAGAAACUGCUGCUGCAACUGUGCAUAUUGAUAGGGCAGUCAGCCGAUGUGUCAAUGUUAAUCGCGCUCUUUGCGCUCGCACACUUGCCAAUUUUUCGUAAGACGCCGUUGCCCCCGGCAUUCCCGUCGCCGUCUGAGCCCCCGUCGCCAAGGUGUGGCAGAGCAGAGAAACCACAACCAGCAGUAGUCCAUAUUCGUGCACCGGCAAUUGAGGCAGCAGCAGCACCCAGGAUGAACAGCAGCACCACCGACCAGGACACAGGCCUGGGCAGCAAGAUGCCGAUAGCUGCCAAUGGCAAAUUGACGGAGCCCAAGGAAGUGGAAAUAAUUCACGCUUUUAUAUUGGAACAGAAACUUCCUGCCGCACGAGAAACAUGCUGUCGGGUCAUCAAGACUAACCAUACCAGGGUUCUGGCCUCCGGAGGUGUUCACAACCGUGGCUCUUCGAAGGUCAAGCUAAAGAACGUUGUCGACUACAAGUGGGAGCGCAAGUACUACUACCCCGGCCACCUGGUGGCUGUCCAUCGCGAUGGCAAGCAUCUGGCAUAUGCCAUUAAUGUCAAUAACAAAGCUACUGGGAUGGAGGGAAUGGUGCGCGUUUGCAACAUCAGCACCAGCAUGCCCCUGAUCAAGGGGAUGAGCGGCGAGGUGUUGGACCUGCUUGCCCACACGGACUGCGAGCGCAUUCUGGCCGUGAUCGAUGUCAGCUCACUCUUUGUCUACAAAGUCGAUCUAAUCGAAGGCAACCUGGUGUGCAAUCUCGUGCUGAAGGUGGAGGAUCUCGCCAACUAUGUGCCGGAGUACGAUAUGGUCUCCUGGUGUCCCUAUGUCUCCACUGGCAGCUCCACUGUCUCGCCGGUCAGCGAGGAGGAUGAUGAGAAUCAGCUUCUCAUUUGGUCGCGCAGCUCACAGUUUCAGUGCUUCCACGUCAAGAUGAUUGUCUCUGAACACGGGCGCGGCAAGAUUCAGCCGGCUGCUCUGGAAACAGGCUAUCUGAAAAUAGAAGAGGAAUCACUGAUCACCUGCGCUGCUCUGUCGCCCGAUGGCACAACAGUGGCCGCCGCCUGCGCCGAUGGCUUGGUUCGAUUCUAUCAAAUCUAUUUGUUUGAUGUACGCAACCAUCGCUGCCUGCAUGAGUGGAAGCCGCAUGAUGAAAAGGUCUGCUCGUUAUUUUUCCUGGACAAUAUCAACAAGCCGGUGGAGGAUUCUUAUUGGCAGCACGUGAUAACCACCAGCGAUGCCAAUGCCGAGAUAAAACUGUGGAACUGUUCCCUGUGGGAGUGUCUGCAGACAAUCAACGUUCAGGCCACUGUACCGCCGCAACCGGCAAACUUCAUUGCUGGAAUCGAUCGUAGUGCCAACUAUUUGGUGCUGUCCAGCUUGGACUCGCUGGCCGUCUAUGUUAUGCAAAUUAGCAACGUUGGAUCCGAAGCUGGAGCCAGCGAUAGCGAUGGUGAAGGGACUGGCAUACGCAUUCAGAAUAUUGCAGAAUUCAAGCUCAGCUCCGGCAUUCUCUCGUUCUCGAUUGUGAACGCCACGGUUCGUCAGCUAAAGAGCUCCAUAGAGAGCUACUAUCUUGAGGAGUCCGAUGACUUUGAUGACGACAGCAACCAAACCAGUGCCUUGGUGCUGCAUAUGUUCGUCGUGCAGGCCAAGAGCCUCCAGGAGUGCCAGAUUAUUUACCAGCCCUGCGUGUCUGUGACCGAGAAGUCGGAGCGCCGCAGCCUGAACAGCAGCAAGCGGUCGCAAAGCCCAGAGAGCAACUUGCGUAUCAAACAGGAACCGGAAUCCCCCAACAGCGCAUCGGCCGGCACUGUCCAGCUAGAGGCUUUGUUUGCCAAAUCCGCCAAACGGUCCUCGACGGGCAGCUCUUCCGCCAUUGUGGCUGUGGCGGCGGCAGCGGCAGCUGCGCCGUCGGCUAUCUUGCAGGACGUCAGCAAGGAUGCCAUCAAGUCAGAGUCUCCGAAAUUCGGCAGCGCCUCGCAGGUGAAUCUUAUGACCCCAGAUGCCUUUAGUGCGAGCGGUACUUCGACAUCAACGGCAGUGGUGGUGGCCACCAGCACCACAACCACCACGGGCACAGAUAGCUCGUCAGUCGGCGGUGGCGGCGGGGCGUCUAUGUCGAUUGAUUCUGCUGUUCUCAAUACGCUGCGAAUGCUAGCCACUGUUACGGCGAAGACCGGAGCCGACAACUCCAAUGCUAAUUUACUCAACCUGAUGAACAACACUCUGAUCGAGGAUCGAGAGCAGCAGAAGCUCAAGGAGAAGCUGGAUGCCCGGAAGAAGUUCGGCAUUGAUCGCAAUCCGGAACGCAAUGUGGCUGACAACCUGGCCAGCGGCGGUUCCAGUCCAAGCCGCGAAGUUCAGGAGAUUAUGGCCACCCAGGAGGAUGCAGAUGCUUACGAAGCGGAGCUGGAGAAUCUAGUCGAUGACGACGACGAUGAAGACGACGAGGAGGAAGAGCUAGCCAAUUCAUCACCACUUUUAGAGGGACCCGAUCCUGGAUCCUGGCCCAUUGUCAAGCUGCAAUCUCUUACAAAUUCCGCUGAGCUCCAGAAUGCCGCCCAGAUCAUGUCCCAGGCGGUUCAAAAUACCAACAAUGGCAAUGUGCCGCCAACGCUGAGCGGAGGAAGUAAUAACAACAACACCAGUGUGGGCAGCAAUAGCAACAACAAUACAACAUCCACAUUGAACACGAGCAACAGCAGCAGCAACAACACUACAAAUGCUGGCGGAGUAGGUGAUAGCUCGAAUAACAAUGGAGAAAUGAACGCCAAGAUAGAGCUGCUGUUGGAUCUCGUCAAGGCCCAGUCUAAGCAACUGAACAAAUUGGAGCACGAAGUAACCAAGUUGCAAAAACAGCAGCAGGUGGCAACGAUGGCUCCAGCCGCUGGUAGCAAGCCAGAUGCGUCCCUGGACCCCAAGAAUGUUAACCAGCUGGCCUAUAAAAUCGAAAUGCCUUCCAAGCUUAUGGAGCAGUAUCUGAAGCGCUACGAAAACGAACACAAAAAGAAGUUGGCCGAAUUUCUUGCGGCGCGUGAAAGCCAGAAUCGGGAACUUCGGGACUUAGUGGUACAGGUGUUGAAUCAGUAUGUGAUGAACCAUUUCACGGACAUCAUUGGCAAUGUUCUUAACAUGGAACUGCAGCCACUGUUGCCGCGUGUCAAUGCCAAAAUGGAUCAGCUACAGGCCCAUAUGCGUGAGAUAAUGCAGAAAUUGAAUGUGUUCGACAAAACGGUGAAGGAGAAUAUUGGUCAAGUUUGCAAGAGCAAGCAAUUCCUUGAUGCCUUUGGCAAGUCGGUCUUGGUUGGUGUCCAAGCAAGCCUCCAGACCGCGUUUAUUGAAUCCAUGAGCAGCACCCUGAUUCCAGCCUAUGAGAAGUCUUCACAGAAUAUGUUUAAGCAACUUCAUGACGCCUUCAGCGUAGGCAUUAAGGACUUCAUGGUUCAAUUUAAUACCUACCUGCAGCACAUGCCUCAGCCGCAAGCGAUGGGCGCUAAUUCGGAGGAGCUGAACAACAAGCUCACCAUGCUCAAGCAGCUCGUCGAAAGUAGCCUGCACAAGCACCGCACCGAGCUCACGGACGCCAUGUUGGAGACACAGCGUGAGGUGAAGAGCCUGGAGAUUCUGCUGGCACGCCAAGUGCAGGAAACGAUUCGUGCGGAGCUGCGCAAGCACAUGGAAACACAGAAUAUGGCCAUGCGUUCACAGGCAGCCACGCCGGCACCCACCUAUGACCUCAGGGAUAGCAUCAAGCAGCUGCUGAUGUCAGGCCAGAUCAACAAGGCGUUCCACCAAGCCCUGCUGGCCAACGACCUUAGUCUGGUUGAGUUCACGCUCCGGCACACGGACAGCAACCAGGCCUUUGCUCCCGAAGGCUGCAGGUUGGAGCAAAAGGUUUUGUUGUCCCUCAUCCAGCAGAUAUCCGCCGAUAUGAGCAACCACAACGAGCUUAAGCAGAGAUACCUCAAUGAGGCGCUGCUGGCCAUAAACAUGGCGGAUCCAAUUACCCGCGAACAUGCACCCAAAGUGCUUUCCGAGCUGUACCGCAACUGCCAGCAGUUUAUCAAGAACUGUCCCAAGAGCUCGCAGUUCAGCAACGUCCGGCUGCUGAUGAAGGCCAUCAUAACGUACCGCGACCAACUGAAAUGAUAUCAAGAGAACUACAACCUGGCCAGCGGUUGGUUCUAACAGUUUUCGUUCGUCUGACACCACACACGCCGGCUUGCAAGAUCUCGCCCUCAAAACAGUACAGAAAUUCAAUCUUCUCUUACACUUUUGUUGUUUAUUUGUUUUGUGCGUGUUUUUGUAAGCCUUUAUAUCUUUUUGACUUAUGUUUAUGUCGCGAUAUUCGAAAUGUAUUAACCUUAGAACGAUUUUCUUCUUUAA